GGAACACAGCCCUGGAGCCGGGGCUCGGCGUGACCUAAGAUGGCUGCGCCCUGCGCGUUCGAGCCCUGGCUGGAGGGGCGCCUGGAGGCCCUGGGUCUUGACGGGGACGUCUACGGGGGAUACAUCCGAGGCGUCUUGAGGGAAGCCGAGUGCGACGCCGAGCGGCUGGAAGGGCUGACGGGGGCGCUGGCGGCGGGGGAACCGGAUGAAGAUGUUCUUCAAGAUGUUUGCAGGGAAAUAAUUGAAAAGUGGUCAGAGGCCCAAAAUGCUCUGGCUGCUGAGAAAAAAGAAGAUGAGGUGCAAGCCAUUGCCAGCAUCAUUGAAAAGCAGGCACAGAUUGUGGUGAAGCCAAAGGAGGUUUCCAAGGAAGACACACUGCAGAAGGCUGCCCUCUUGGCACAAUAUGCCAAUGUGACUGAUGAGGAAGAUGAAUUAGAUGCUCAAGAUGAUCCUGGAGCAGCGGCAGUGCUUGUCAGCUCUGAAAAAACUUUGUUCAAAAACACCAACCUAGAAGACUUGGUGAAUGCCCGGAAAUUAGAAAGGGAGCACCAGCGGGAUGAGUCACAGCGUAAGAAAGAACAAGAUAAACUCCAGCGGGAGAAGGACAAAUUGACAAAGCAAGAGCGCAAGGAGAAAGAGAAGAAGAGGACACAAAAAGGCGAGAGAAAGCGGUAGCCAGGGAGUGUAGCUGGACCCUUCUCCUCCCUCAUCUAAGAUAUGGCACAGCAUGCAGACACACAGAUUGCUCAGCAGAAGGAAUCUUUUUUUUUUAAUCCUUCAGCAGUAUGACAUAGACAAGGAUUGGGGGAGAGCAUGAAGGGUGAAUCCUCUUUACCGUUCCCCUGAAAGAAAACAGUGCUGUACCCUUUUAUUGUCCAAAUAUUGGACUGAGUAAUUGUGGCCAACCUCUGUAACCAAAGAACUGUGUGGUAGUUCUUUUCCCUCCCACCUUCCCUACUUUUUUUGACACUUUCUACCUUUAUUAACCACUUAAGGGGAAGUUGUCAUAUGUCUGAGUAUAUAAAUUCUACCCAAAGGUUGCUUUUGGUUGGAGAUGUUGUUAGAGAAAAAUAUGGUUUCUCAUAUAUGCAAGGUACAGGAAGGAAGCACCCUUUGACAAAGCUUAUGAAGAUGAACUAAGUGCACCACACACUUCACCUUCCACAGCUAAAAUUGACCCCAGAGUUACUGCUGCUUGUUGGGAUUGGCCUAAUGCAUCUCUGUGUACUCUCUGCAAGGCUGUGUUGUUGCCAUUUAAGUAAAGUUCUGUGAAUUUAA